AUGAACUUGUUCAAGAAGACGUACUCCUUAUUCACUGCCGUUUCAACAAGAAGCGCUGGAGAUUUGUAUAUCGGAUCUAAUGUGCUUCUACGAGCUGCCAUGCAAAAUCAGCAAUUAAAUGGCGUAAAGGUCGCUAUCUUACAUGAUAAAAACAAAGCCCUUCUGAUUUCUAAAGUAUUAACGGACCACGGGGCAACCGUCGAACAUUACUCAGUCAAAGGCGAGAACAAACCAGCAAUUGGAAACGUUCGUGAAUUAGACUUGAAAUGCAGUCAAGGAAAAUCUUACUUCAACAACGUUCUGAGAAAAACCGACGUAUUCUUAGAUGGACAUGGUUGUGAUCGCUUGGAUUUGUACGUCCAUAAGACUGAAAUAACAAAACAGAAUGGCCAACUCAUAGUGGCUACUGUUGACGGCGAUGAUCCAUUCUCCGCUAUACAUGCCAUGAAGAAUAUUGCCAUUGGUUUAUAUCUUCGAGAGAAGUUAACGGCAGGCGAAAUAAUCCCAACUCCAGAUUCAAAGAAAUAUUUUGAAGAACUCAAAGACUUCUCCGCAAAAGUCAAAAACUGA